AUGAGCGCCUUCCUGAUUUUGUCUGAGAUCGUGAGCUUCUUUAGGGAUGAUAUCACGUUAUGUCCUCACUACUACACAUGCUCGUUCUUCGAGAUCUGGUUCAUGCUGGCCCAUGCGGUGGUUGUGGAAUGGGUGGAUCCAGCAGAGCCGGUUAGAAUCAUUCAUCCGGACGUGAACAUGGCGCGCGUGCUGCUUCUGUUACUCGCCGGGCUGUCUGGUGGCCUCUGCCAAAAGGCACCACAAGUCCAAACUAGAAAUGGCUCUUAUACGGGCGUUCAUCUGCCUUUACUCAACCAAGACUACUUCCUAGGCAUGCCGUUCGCCCAGCCGCCUGUUCAAGGUCCCCUUCGAUUCUCACCACCAGCUUCACUGAACACCUCCUGGACUGGAUCGAGAGACGCUACUCAAUUCGGCAACAUUUGCUAUGGCUAUGGUAAUGACAAUAACAGGCUCGCGGCACUUGGCUUCAAGAUCUCUGAGGACUGUCUGAGCAUCAACGUCGUUCGUCCUUCCAACUAUACAGACCAGUCGCUGCCAGUUGCCGUGUACAUCUACGGUGGAGGCUACUUCCAAGGUGGCAGCGCCGAUCCCCGGUUGAACUUCUCGUCCAUCAUUCGGGACUCUGUUGCAGCUGGGAAGCCCAUCAUUGGCGUUAGUUUCAACUAUCGCCUUUCCGCCUUCGGCUUUCUAGGAGAAAACAUCGCCGCCUUUGGAGGAGAUCCUACCAAAGUAACCAUAUUCGGGAACAGCGCGGGUGCAGGUUCUGUCGGUGCCCAACUUCUGGCGUACAAUGGACGCGAUGACGGACUGUUCAGAGGUGCCAUUUCUCAGUCGGGAGCCCCUGCUGGUUUCUCGCCAUUCUCCCCAUUUCUCGACGUCGCAAAGUGGGACGAAGUCUAUGAGAACAUCACAGUCGGCACAGGCUGCAACACGACAGAUGCACUCAAUUGUCUGCGGAACGUCCCAAUCGAGGUUUUGAAUGCCGUGGUCAAUUCUACAGCCACUUCAGGGGCUUCCUAUGGACUAGGAGCGCAGCUGGCCAAGGGCAACUUCGUCAAGGUUCCAUACAUAAUCGGCCACAACACAGACGAAGGAUCUGCCUUUAUCCCAGGGAACAACUUUGACAAUGCCACGUUCUAUCCAACGUCCAAGAUCGACACGGAUGAGCAGUUUAGGGAGUACAUUGCUUCGCUCAAGGCCAACGAGACGGUUGCAAGUAGAGUGUUCGACCUAUACCGCCAAAACGCAACGGACCAGGCUCUAGCCACAUACCCGGACGAUCUUAGUGCUGAACUCGGUUACCAAUAUAAGAGAGCUGUUACGCUCGCUGGUGACUUUAACAUCAUCGCGCCCACUCAUUACACGGCUCAGAUGUGGGCGGCGUACAACGUGCCUCUUUACAAGUAUCGAUGGGAUGUCAUCGUCAGCGGAUUGCCUCGCUACAUUGGCGCAACGCAUGCGAAAGAGAUCUUCUUCGUCUUCGACGACCAAAGCAGAGACGACUACGACGUGUGGCCUCUGCAAGACAAGCCUCAGUCUUUCUCCGAACUAGCUUCCAUAAUGGCAACGGCAUGGGCUAGUUUUGUGGCAACUGGUGACCCGAAUAGCAAUGGAUCAGUCAACGGUACAAACUGGCCUUUGUAUAAUGACUUCAAGGAGAACUUUGUCUUCACUGGUAACGUCACUAGUCAUGUCGAGAACGACGAUACGCACUCGGGACCCCACCACCACAGCGGCGGCGCGCAGGACAACGACCCCGCCUCGAAGCACAAGAAGCCGCAGCAGAAUAAUGCAAAUGCAAGCUUCCCCGAGUACGCCCGCAGGACAGCAGAGAAGCUGCCCCCACCAACUUUCAUAAUUCUCGCUCUCCUCUUCGGUUUGUACAUAAUUUUUUCCUCGAGCCAACAAAACCAGCGGUCAGCAGCAGACCUUUCUUCUCCUCCCGUCGCCCCUUCCGUUGUCACCACCACAAUCUACCAAGAACAUCAACCAUCUUCAACUCCCAAAGUCGUCGUUGAUACCUCUCCCAAAAUGUCUACCGAGCAGACCUUCAUUGCCAUCAAGCCUGACGGCGUUCAGCGCGGCCUGAUCGGCCCCAUCGUCUCUCGCUUCGAGACCCGUGGCUUCAAGCUCGUCGCCAUCAAGCUCAUGACCCCCGGCAAGGAGCACCUCCAGGCCCACUACGCCGACCUCAAGGACAAGCCCUUCUUCGCUGGUCUCAUUGAGUACAUGAACUCUGGCCCCAUCUGCGCCAUGGUCUGGGAGGGCCGUGACGCCGUCAAGACCGGUCGUGUCCUUCUCGGUGCCACCAACCCCCUUGCCUCCGCCCCCGGCACCAUCCGUGGCGACUACGCCAUCGACGUCGGCCGCAACGUCUGCCACGGCUCCGACUCCGUCGAGAACGCCAAGAAGGAGAUUGCCCUCUGGUUCAAGGAUGGCGAUGUCGUCUCCUACAAGGCUUCCCAGUUCGACUGGAUCUACGAGAAGCCUUAA